GUGGUCCGAAGUCAAAAGUUUAAUUUAGACUUACUUAGUCAGCAAAAAAACUUAAAAGCGCGACACUGACCGAGUCUAAAAUGGAAUGUUUAUGAACGUUUACAGGAAUAUUGUUUUUUUGUCAGAAUGCUUUUUAAAUAUUGUAACUGUGGUUUAAGUGUGGCGGUGGUGUUGUUUGGGUUGUGCGCGCGCUUUAACGCAGUAGCGGAAGGGGAAGAGAAAUUCCGCGUUGAGGGCCGCGCGCUCGUGUACGGCGUGAGAACAGAGGAGUGGACUCCGCUCGCGCACGUGCUGCUGGAUGGAGAGGAGCAUGUCGGCUUCGUCAGGCUUGAUGGAAGUUUCACAGUAAAUGAUGUGCCUUCUGGAUCUUAUGUACUCCACAUUGUGUCACCAGUGUACAGAUUCGAGCCUGUCAGAGUUGACAUUACUGCAACAGGCAAAAUGCGUGCCAGAAGAGUCAAUUACAUCAAGACAUCUGAGGUAAUCCAGUUGCCUUACCCUAUUCAGAUGAGAUGUACAGGACAGCAUUCAUAUUUUACAAAACGAGACACAUGGGGUUGGUCCGAUUUCUUCAUGAACCCUGUGGUUCUCAUGAUGGUGCUUCCCCUUUUGAUCAUCCUUUUUCUCCCAAAGCUUAUCAACAUGAAUGACCCAGGGAUGAGAAGGGAAAUGGAACAGUCAAUGAAUAUGCUCAAUCCCAGCCCUGAGCUUCCAGAUGUGUCCGAGCUCAUGACCAAGUUCUUUGCCCCACCUAAAAGCCAAGGUAAAUCAGGAACUCACAGGGGACACAGAGGCAGUGGUCCACGCAGGAGAUAGCACGUACGUGAGCAAGAAGACAUGUUACUCGUGCCUUUGUUUUAUCCUGAUUUUCCCAUUUCAGUCGUUUGCUAAAUUAGUAUCACCAAUUGUGUGCCACAAGCUUUGAUACAGUAUAUGAGAAAUAUGUGUGAUACUAUUACCACUGACAGUGCUUUAGUUCAGUAUGUUUUUAUUAAUUGGGUUUUCGAUACAUUUCUGUUUUCAUUGUGCUAGUAUUUAUUCAGUGUGUAUUUAUUUAUUGAUUUAGAGAAAACAGGUAAAAUAUAUUUAAGUCAGUUUUAUUAAUGUUAUAUAUUUUAAAUAAUGAUACUAUUUUAUUAGCAUUAAUGAUACUAUUUUAUUAGCAUAAAGUGAGGGCAACAUUUUCAACUACUAGCUUAUUUCAUUUAUUGUACUUAUUUCGUCUGUAUGCUAUUAAAUAACUUUAGAACUCUAGAUUAGAUAUGUGGGUCUCUAAAAAGCAACAGCCUUGGCCGACCACUAUGGAAGUUGAAUGGGUGAAGACUAAAUAUAUCACUAGUGAAAGUAAGAGGGGCUGUAAGGGACAAUAUGCCAGAGAAGGCCCAACUGAUAGUGGAUAUCUGGUGUCUGUGUGGAGCUUGCUUACAAGAACGGAUUAGAUGAGUGUAACAUAUAAAUAUACGUGGCCUUUUUUGGGGGGGGCUUUUGAGAGCUUGUAACCACUGUAAACACUGUUAUGUUGACAAUAAAACA